AUGGCAGGGAUGGCUGUUUCGAACAAAGACUACCCUCUGGCGGGUGUCGUCAUUUGCUUUACUUCUGUUGAAAUUGAGAAGAGGACUCCAUUGACUCAAAUGGCAGAGCAAAUGGGCGCGAUGCACAGUGUCCAUCUUACUUCGGACGUCACCCAUUUGCUUGUAGGCGACACGGACAGUGAGAAGUACAAAUUCGUUGCAAGGGAACGGAAUGACGUGGUGGCAAUGAACCCGGAAUGGAUCGAGGCCGUACGACACUCGUGGACACAGGGAGAGGACAUAGACAUACAGGCACUUGAGAAACAGUACAGACUGGCAGCUUUGCAUGGUCUCAAAAUCUGCAUCACUGGGUUCUCGGACCUUACUUUCCGAGAAUACAUGCAGAAGACAACAGAGGAGAACGGGGCUGAAUAUCGGAAAGACCUGACCAAAACCGUGACACAUCUUAUUGCGCGCGACACGGAUGGUGCAAAAUACAAAUUCGCGUCACGAUGGGAUGUCAAAAUUGUUUCGCUAAAAUGGUUUACGGAUAGCAUCGAGCGUGGAAUGAUACUGGACGAGCAGACAUAUCACCCGCUAUUACCACCUGCAGAACAAGGUGUUGGCGCAUGGGAUCGAUCUGCGCCAAAAGAGAGGGUCCCUUCUGGAAGGGACAACACUACCAAAGAGAGCACUUUGAAUCCACGACCUCGAAAAUUACGCAGGACUGCAAGUACCAAGUUGGUGGAUCAAAAUGAAAGCAUUUGGGGAGAUAUCGUCGGAACAGGAUUCGACAAUAACGAGAGUACUGGACCCCAAAAGAACCCACAAGGACGAGGACCACCCGAAGCCUCAAGGCCUGUCAUACAGGCAUAUAAGUCAUUCGCCAGCGAGUCUACGUUUUCUGAAAGCACCCAGUCUCGUCUUCCGCUACCGGUUGCUCCCGCAAAAGACAACGGAUUUCUACACGCGACUUAUUUCUUCAUUAAUGGGUUCUCUUCUAAGCAGACAAAAGUUCUGCGCGAACAUCUCACUUAUAACGGAGCUCAGUUGGUGGAUUCACUGAAUGCGUUCUCUAGCCCUACUAUCCCCAAAAUAGGACAUGGGCUGUUCAUCAUGGUGCCGUAUCAGACUCCCAGGUCAGAGAUUCCGUCAACAGAUGAAAUGGCUUUUGAAUGCGAGGUUGUGACAGAGAUGUGGCUGGAACGAUGUAUUGAUGCUCGAGCUUUUGUUCCACCAGAGUCUCAUGUGGCGAGCACUCCAUUCCCCAAGUUCCCUAUACCAGGAUUUCCGGAGUUGCGGAUUUGUUCCACCGGCUUUGGACGUAUCGAUCUUUUACACCUACGAAAGCUGGUAGAGUUAAUGGGCGCCACAUAUGGGGAUUUCUUAACGCAAAAAGCAUCCGUCCUGAUUUGCAACGACCCUAAAACAGCCAACCUGGACAAACUGCGACAUACUGCCGAGUGGGGGGUACCAGCAGUGUCUGCUGAUUGGCUCUGGAUAUCUAUUCAAACUGGCCAAAAGAAGCCAUACGAGCCAUACAUUGUCCGACGACAAUUACCCCAAAACGCUAGCACCAUAGAGAAACUCGGUUCUUCAUCUGCUAAGCGAAAGCAACCUGACAGACAAAUUGAUGAACGGCGAGCGGAUUCCCCAUACAACAUCUCUACCGAGUCCACGAAUCGUAAUAUGUCCGAGAAGCGAAGUUCAGGGAAAAGCGCCACAACUCGAACAAUCCCCAUCGUCGGUGACGGCUUUGAAGCUGAUGCACCAAAAGCCUCCGUUCCGGAGUCACGAUCCCCAACUCCGACAACGAUACCAGACAAACAAGCCCCAGAGGAACCGAACGCCAAACAGCCCACGUCAAGUACAGACUCGGCGCCGCAAACGGGCCCAUCCGCAUUGGAUACCGCUCUGAGCGGCUUCUUACAACAAGCCCGCGCUGCCAAGUCACGACAGCAAUCCGAGAGCACUACUACCAAUGAUGAUGGAAAUCCACCCCGACGAAAGCGCAAGCCCCUCCUCGGCCGCGCCCCAUCCCACUCUUCAGCCCGAGUGCUAGAAGGCCCGGGCCCCGUCUCACGCGCUAGCUCGAUUGACACACUCAAUGAUGACGGCCUCGGUAGCGCCUUGGAAAGUGCCCUACCGACUAGAGACAAUUCCAUAUCCCGCAGCAACAGCCGUGUCGAACAGAGUCUAUCAUCCAUGCUCAGCGGCGGGAAAUUUGAUUUCCUGAAUGAUAAACUCCCAGCCCAGACUGAGGAUGAAGAUGAGGAAAACCAGGCACCGCAGAUGACGCAACUGGGCUAUGAGGAUUCCGAUGCUGCUGCCAUGAGAGCGGAGCUUCUGAGGGAUGCUGGGAAGUUGUCUGGGAAGACAAUGAAGGCUGAGACUUCGGGCUUGCUUGUUGGUGAAGUGCGGGAGUUGGAGGAUAUUGGGUGGGGGUCUGGCCGGAGGACGAGGAAACAGCCUGUUAAAAUAGAUGAUGAAUGA